GGGGGCUUUCACUGGCCUCCGUACUUAAAGAAGAAUCAAUAAUGUCAGCACUAAACUGGAAGCCCUUUAUCUAUGGAGGUUUAGCAUCAAUCACUGCAGAAUGUGGUACUUUCCCCAUUGAUCUAACCAAAACACGUCUGCAGGUUCAAGGUCAAGUUAAUGAUGCCAAGUAUAAAGAGAUCCGCUACCGUGGAAUGGUGCAUGCACUAGUCAGAAUAUGCAGAGAAGAAGGAUUGAAAGCCUUAUACUCUGGGAUUGCACCUGCAAUGCUGCGCCAAGCUUCAUAUGGAACUAUAAAAAUAGGCACUUACCAGAGCUUAAAAAGAAUGUUUGUUGAGCAUCCAGAAGAUGAAACCCUGAUGAUAAAUGUUCUUUGUGGCAUUCUUUCGGGAGUAAUUUCAUCAUCUAUCGCCAACCCUACAGAUGUCUUAAAGAUCAGAAUGCAAGCCCAAGGUAGUGUGAUUCAAGGAGGAAUGAUGGGCAACUUCAUACAGAUCUACCAAAAGGAAGGCACUAGAGGAUUAUGGAAGGGAGUAUCAUUGACAGCACAAAGAGCUGCUAUUGUUGUUGGAGUGGAACUGCCAGUGUAUGACCUUACCAAGAAGCACAUAAUUAUGUCUGGAUUUAUGGGAGAUACAGUAUAUACUCACUUCCUCUCAAGUUUUACUUGUGGGUUAGCUGGUGCCCUUGCAUCCAACCCAAUUGAUGUUGUGAGAACACGCAUGAUGAAUCAGAGAAGCCAACAACAUGGGGGACACUCAAACUACAAGGGUACUUUGGAUUGCUUGUUACAAACAUGGAAGAAUGAAGGCUUUUUUGCUCUGUAUAAAGGGUUUUGGCCAAACUGGUUAAGACUUGGUCCUUGGAAUAUCAUUUUCUUCCUGACAUAUGAACAGCUGAAGAAAUUAGACUUCUGACAUGCUGAACUGUAUGCUGAAUUCUGUUUAUGUACUGUUUGAGUUUAGAGCAACUUGUAAGUUGUCUUGAGUAUUUGCUCUUUAUUGUCUGAGAUGCUGGCCAAAGGAAGAGGUCACAACAAGACUGUUGUGAAUGAGAACAACCUGCAAGUGAUUUCAAGGCAAACUGGCUGCUGUAACAACGGCUUGCUCACGUGAUUCAGUGGACAGUCUGCAUUAUUUUCUAGACUGAACAAAACAUGGUGGAAUACCUUCUGUCAACUGUUUAAGCGUUCUUGAACGUGAAGAUCUGUAAUGCAGCUUCAUGCUGUUGUCUCAGAUGCGCAGUUUUUUGUAAGAGGCAAAGAGCAAUCUUUCUGUAAAGGAAGACAGGUAGUACCAAGGAGCUGGGCUUUUCCUGUUUUCAGAAGUGUAUACAAUUUGACUGUAAUAGUUUAUAGUUUCUAAUUAACUGGAAGUGUCACAAGACAUCUUUGCAGGCUUCAGUUCAGCAAAAUACCUGCUGCAAUACGAAAUCUGCUUCUGGUUUUAGAGAUUUCCUGUGUUAUUAGUCCUGAAAUGUCUGCAUAAUUUGCUGGGAAUAAUCCAACUUCACUUGAAAGUGUGGUUGCUGCAGUUGUCAGUUUUGCAUAGCUUGAGGGAAGUUUUUUCCCCCAGUGUAUCAUUCCUGGGUUUUGGCAUAAGUGAUCUUCAACAUAUUCAUAUGUAAAUUGCAAUUAGGAAUAAAGUUCAAAUGAGUCCAUGCUCAUCUGCCUAUCUCGCAGAGAAACUUUCCACACUUGUUCCAUUGUUGGCAAGAACUACUUGUAGUGGUUACUGGCUGUUACGUAUCAUCUGAAAGGUACAAGUUUUAGGCUGAGCAGUUCAGGCUGUGUCAUGUAAGUGUCUAUGUGAAAAGAACCAAACACCUCCAAAGGUAAGUCUACUAAAAAGACUGCUUGCCUUCUUUAAAAAGAUGCUCAAACCUGGAAAUACUGAGCACUUUCAUAUAGCAAACAGGCCCAAGUGCUGUUACAUGCAAGUAAACACUUCAUGUAGACAUCAACCACAGCUUCCUUAAAGCAUUACCUUUUGGCUUAAAUGUAUAUCAAAACUUCAGGGCUGUUAACAAAAGUUACAUCAAGGUUCUUUUAGAUGUUGCAGUUGAAUUCCAAGAAAAGAAAUGUGAUGUGCAAGUCAUAGGGUGGUCCUUCUGCGUUCACGGAGGGUGGCAAAGCAGGGUGCAUAGCUUUGUAUUUUUGUGGUGUUGUGUUAAUCUCUUAAAUGUUUUUGCAUACAUUCCACUUAAAGAAAUUUCAUUGCUAUUUCAAAAUUACUAUAAUCACUUGAAAUUACUAAUUUUGAAUUCACAAAUGGGUUUUUAAAUGCACAAGGCACUUUCUUUCCUAAAGUACAAUGUUUUUCUAUGUAUAUGGGUAUGCUUAUGUGCAGUGUUUUUCCUGACAGUCAUUUCUAUGCUUAAAUAGAAAUAUUUGUAAAUAGUUUUGUACACUAUGUAAACUAAGCAUAUGUUUUACAUUUUAAAGCGUAUUAAAAGUGUUUAAAUCAUUA